AUGGCAAUUUGGCAAUGACAUCGAUGACAUCUGACAACAAAUGUAUUUAUUAUGUCUAGGUAUUAUUAACCUCAAAAUUAACAAAUAGUAUGUAGCAUGUCGUCCUUAUUGACCUUAAAAUUGUUAAAUAAUCAUCAUACGGAUUUGAGUAAGUAUUGGUAUAGUCCCAGAAAAUAUAAAUAAGCAAGAGAUACACCAAAUUUUAAGGUGAAAACUAAUUGUGCAUAUCAACUCAACAGAAUAUUUCGACUUACGAAAAUGUGUGAUUGUAACCCACAAAGUUUAGAUCUAAAAACACCACGCAAUGUACACCUAACAGCCUUUUACAAAAGGAGUUUUGCUCAUCAUACUGUCAAAAAUCGAAUGCCAAUCAUUCUAACCCAAACUAUUGAUAUUCUUGUACGAAACAAAGAACAAAUAGGAAAAGAUUAUGGUGAAGGGAGCCAAGAAGAUCUUAAAAAUGUUAUUGGAGAACUUUCUAAGCUUAAAUAUGAAGUGCAAACCAAUAAAUCAUUUAGGAAACUUUCUUCCUCUGCUGCCGAUGUAAAAUUUUAUAAUGAUUAUAUAACGGCACAGUGUAACAAGGAAGGAAACGUCACUUUCUUUUCAGCGGUAUGGCUUUUUUCUGAGUGUUAUAUGUAUAGAAGAAUGCGGGAGGCAUUUGAAAUGACAAAAACUCUGAAAAACUACGACCCUUUCUUGGCACAGAAACGUGACUCGUACUUUCAUGCAUUGUCCAUAAUGUCUAAACUUGCAGAAUACCUUUUAGUUGUUCUGGAAGGAUCAGAAGAGCCGUCGAAAGAUGAAUUUAUUCAUUUGUUAAAGAUUAAUUUGUGGGGUAACAAAUGUGAUUUAUCAUUGAGUAAUGGAGAACUGACUUCAGACGUUGAAGAGUUGUUUAAUUUGCAGAAUUUAGAACCCAAUAUAUUAUGUGAUCAUUCUGAAAAAAUAUGGGAUGCCGUUUCUCAAGGCAAUUUAUCUAUAAUAGAUAUUGUGUUCGAUAAUUCUGGUUAUGAAGUUUUUACGGAUCUAUGUUUAGCUGAUUAUUUAAUUUCAAAGAAAUUAGCAAAAACAAUAAGAGUUUAUGUGAAAACAGUUCCGUGGUUUAUUUCUGAUGUGAUGACUCAUGAUUUCUUUUGGACUCUAGAUCAGCUCAAAAAUAAUACUAAUGAGUAUUUGAGAAAAUUGGGAGAAAAAUGGACCAAUUAUGUAAAUACUAAUAAAUGGAUUUUAGUUGAAAAUGACUUUUGGACAUUACCAGUUGAUUUCUCAGUUAUGCGCGAUGUGAAUCGUUCACUUUAUAAAAAACUAGCUGAAGCUGAUUUAGUAAUAUUCAAAGGAGAUUUAAACUACAGAAAAUUAUUUGGGGAAAUUAAUUGGGAUCCGACUACACCCAUCGAGCGCGGGUUGCAAAACUUCCAUCCUUCUAAAUUAUGUACGCUUCGAACAAUUAAGGCCGACAUUGUUUGUGGACUUGCUGCAGGAAUUGCAGAAAAAGUAGAAGCAGUCAAUGAGAAAUGGAUGGAAACGGGUGAUUAUGGACUAAUACAAUUCUGUGAAAAAAUUGUACCAAUAUAAUGAAUGCGAUUAAAGGAAAUGUUGAGACACUGUA